AUGAGAACUCAACCAAACAGAGAUUUGAAGCAUACCCAAUAUAAAGUUUAUGAAAAAAACAAUGAAAGUGUAGCUAAUCAAAACAAUGAAAGCGUAGAUAAUCAAAACAAUGAAAGCGUAGAUAAUCAAAACAAUGAAACGGUGUGUAGAAUGUAUUUAAAGCAACUGCAUUUGUAUGUUAAUGUUUAUUAUGACAAUACAUAUAAUAAUUUUACCAAAUGGUUAGUCAUUAACUUCCGUAUUUUUAUUUUGGAAUUAUAUCAAAAUAAAAUAAAAUGUGUAUUUCCAAAAUUGCUUAAAAAUAAUUUAAAGAUUUAUACUUAUUUAGACAUUAAAAUUUUAACUAUCAAGUUACAUAUACUUUUAUAUUUGUUUUAUUUCAUUAUUAUAAAAAAAAUAAUUGUACAAAAAAUUAUACUCUAUUUUUUACAAAUAUAUCAAAUAAUAUUCAUUUUUAUUUCGUAUUAUGUUUAUCGCAUUUUAUUAUAUGCCAAUAAUAUAAUAAGUAAUUAUCUUAAUAACACAAAAAUCAUUUUUAUUAAUAAAAAUAUUAACACUACCAAAUUAUUGGAUAAUAUAAUUCUGAACAAGUCAUACAAUAAUAAUGUUUCAAAAAAUAACAAAUUUGUGUGUGCAAAAAAAAUAAAACAACAAAAUGGAUAUAAUAUAAACUUCCCCAUAACAAAAAAACAUCCCUUACGACAUCAAUGUAAUAUUACACACAGAAAAAAAACAAACUUUUAUUUAUCUAUUAUUUUUAGACAAAAAUUUAAAACAUUCAUAUGUAGUAGUAACGAGCACACCGCCCAAACCAACUCCCCAAAUAGCCACAACAAUAGUAGAGAAAAUAGCAGCGAAAAUGGCAGCGAAAAUAGCAGAAAAAAUAGCAGAAAAAAUAGCAGAAAAAAUUGCAGAAAAGAAUGCAGAAAAAAUUGCAGCAAAAAUAGCGGAAACAAUAGCGAUGAUGAUGAAGACAAGACAUGGAAUAAACUGAGCAAUGAUAUACAUGAUUCGGAUGAAAAAGAAGAAAAUAUUUAUAAUAGAAAUAAGGAAAAAAAAAAAAUAUAUAAAAUUGAAAAAAUAAAUUCAAAAAAUGAACAAAAUUUAAUUAAUAAUAGUCAAGAAUCUAAUUGCAUAUAUAAUGAACUUAAAACAUGUAAUGAGUCAGACCUUUGCAAUCAAAUUUGUUUAGAUAGUAAUAUGACCAAAGAAAUAAAUUAUAGUAAUAAAAGUCUUAAUCAAAUAAAAAAAAAAUAUAUAAGCUUAAAAAAAAAGAGAAGGUUACUAAAAAAUCUAUCUUUUGUUUCAUUCAAUGCAGGGUUGCUAGAAUAUAAAAUAUGGGGAAUGUGUAUAUAUCAAAAUCCACCAUUUAUUUUAAACAGAUUGUUACAUAUGCCACAUGCAUUAAAAAAAACAAACACAGAUAUAAUAGCUUUACAAGAAGUAUAUAAUGAUGAACAUAUCGAAUAUCUUAUAAAUAAUUUAAAAUUUAUUUAUCCAUUUUAUGCAAAAGGAUAUUAUUGUAAUCCGAUAUUUGAGAAGGAAUUUAAAAAUUCAGACAAUCUAUCUGAAUAUGUUGAUAAAAUCAAGAAGAAGAAUAGAAUAAAAAACAUUUUCCAAAAAAAUGGAAAAAAAAAUGAAAAAAAAAAUGAAAAAAAAAAUAAAUACAAAAGUAUGCGAAAGAAAUAUUUUGCCCUAAAUCAUGGAUUGCUAGUAUUUAGCAAAUAUCCUAUUAUAUAUUCUUGUUUUCACAAAUUUAAAGAUGUGACAUAUAUAGAAUAUUUAUUUGGAACAAAAGGUUUUCUUGAAGUUGUUAUAGAUAUUCCAUAUUUUAGUCGCAUCACUCUUUUUAAUAUUCAUUUAGCUAGUGGUUCUGUAAAUACAGAAUCAAAAUAUAUAGAAAAAAUUAGAGAUUUUGAAAUAAAACAAAUUAUACAAACGGCACAAAAAGCUCACAAAAAAAAUACAAUCCCUAUUAUUAUUGGAGAUUUAAAUGCUUCUCCUCAUUCUUCUCCAAAAAAUUAUUAUUCCUUUAUUAAAAAUGGAUGGGUAGAUGCUUGGGUAUAUGCUAGAAAUAUCAAAAAAAAAAUUCACAAAAUUCACAAAAUUAAUAAAAAUAAAAAAAGUUGCAAAAAUAUUAAUAACGAAUCUAUGGCUCUCAAAACAACCUUAAGACAACAAACAAACAUAUCAAAUCAAAUAAUUCAAAACCCAUGCAAUCUAAAUAUAAACGAUAACCCCACUUCUUAUAACCCUAAUUUUGAUAAAACAAAAAUCGAGGAAAAUUUUGAUGUAAAAAAUGAAAAUCCUAUGGAUACAAUCAAUGCAAAAAAACAAAAUAAUUGUUUCGAUAUAAAAAUAGAGAAAAAAACAAAUAAUGCUAUAGAAAAUAUUAUUAAAAAUAACAAAAUGAUGAAUAUAGAUGAUAUUAAAUAUGAUUUAAUGUUUUUUUUUUCUCAGAAAAUGGAAAAUUGUAAUUACGAAAAUAGAAAAAUAGACGCAGAUAAUGAACUAAAUUUCGGAAAAUUUUCAAACUCAAAUAAAAAUAACCCUCUUGAAACGUUUGCAAAAAAUAACCCUUUUGAUAUGUUUGGAAAUAGUAACAGUUUUGAUAUGUUUGGAAAAAAUAAUAAAGUGUUGGAAAGUUCAACACAUUUUAAUUAUAAAAAUAGAGAAACACAAAUUGAAAAUGAUAAAUUAUUUAUUUCAAAUACAAACAUAAAUGAUAUAAACAACAAUCAAACUUUUAUUGAUUAUAAAAAAAUCUCAAAUUAUAGUAAUAUUAUGAAUAAUUCUAAUUUUCUAUCUAAUAAAUAUAAUAAUACAUUUGAGGAAAUACCAUCAAAACUAUACAUAAAUAACGAAUUUGGAAAUAGUAACAUUAAAACAAAAAAUAUCUCACAAAAUUAUUCUAUGUGUGAAACAAUAAACUAUGAUGAUAAAUAUAUUACAAGUUUUAUUUAUGAAAAUAUAAAUAAUUCAAAUAAACAAAUCAAUAAAUCAUAUAGUAAUAUAUAUCAAAACUAUACUAAUCCUUACACAAGAAAAAUACAACCAAACUCUUUUAUAGCAAAUUCAGAAAUCUGUAAUUAUAAAAAUGUGUAUAUAUCAAAAAGUUUUAUAAAUUAUAAUAAUAAUUCAAAUCAAUUUUUUACUAAAAAUAAAUGUUCAUAUAUUGAUAUAGAUGAUAAAAAUGGUUCUGAAAUAAACAUAUUUUAUAAUAGUGAUAAAAAUUGGGAUAUAAAAAAAAGUAAAAAUAUAAAGAAAAUGAAAAAAUGGAAAAUUAAUUUCAAAUCUUAUACACACUCAAGACAUAAAUUUAAUUCAAACACUAUUAGGUGCCAAACUAAGUGGUCUUCAUUUCGAUUCAAACCUCGUUUUCUGAAAAUUUACAAUCCAAUUUACAAUCCAAUUUAUAGUCCAAAUUAUAGUCCAAAUUGUGAUUCAAAAAUGAACAGAACAAAACAGCCAUACAAUCUAUCAAACAAAAUCAAGAACAAGACAAAAUAUUAUAUUAUACGAAAUAACAAAAAGCAUCAUAAAGCUUUAAGAUAUAAAAGAAAAAUUUGGUUGCAUAUAAAUAAUAAAAUAUCAGAAAAGAAAUUGGUAAAAUAUAAGGGCAUGAAUAAUAUACAUAAUAAUGUAACAAAAAUAUCUGGAAAUAAAAAUAUAAAAAAUAUACAAAAAAAAAAAAAGGAAAAUAUUUAUUAUUAUAAUAAUAAAUUAUAUAACAGUUUUAAAAAUAAAAAAUAUAGUAAAUUUUUAUUAUUAUUUUUCUUAAAAUUAAAAUAUAAAAAAAUAAAACAAAAAAUACAAAAAUUAUUAUUCGGAUUCGAAAAAAACAAAAAUGAUCACAUCACAGAAGAUCAACAUUUAUUAUAUUACAAUUGUAAUGACAUAAAUGAAAAUAGUUAUAUGGAAGAUAGACAAACAUUUUUAGACCCUCUUUUUAAUAACAUACGAGAAGGGAGCAAAAAAACAAAAAAAAAAACAAAAAAAAAAAUCCACAAAAUCUACAAAACUUACAAAACAUUACAAAGCCUUAUUUAUAAUAAAAUAAUUAAAGUUUUCCAAAAAAGCAAAAAUUAUAACACACCUUUUUUUAUGCAAAUAAAUGAUUCAUUUUUAAAUAAUGAAAUAACUUGGGAUCCAUUAAAUCCACUAAAUAUAAUAGGCCCACAUUCUGAUUGUACGGGUCUUAGAUGUGAUUACAUAUUUUUUCCAUCUAUAAAUAAAAAUAUUUGGAAUAGAUGCUUUGAUAAAUAUUACACUGAAGAAAUAGAAACAAAUAUAGAACCACAACUAAAUUAUGAAAAUAAUAAAUUUUAUAAGCAAAAUAAUCUCUCAUUAUCUACAAACAAUAAUACUGAACUUGAUAUUUUAAAACAUUAUUUUAUAAAUCAAGCAAAAAUAAUAUUUAAUAAGCCAUCUGUAACUGUUAAUUAUAAUCCAAAUGAUAAUGCAAAUGAUAAUGCAAAUGAUAAUCCAAGCUGUAAACAUUUAAGUUGCCACCUUUUUGGUGCAAAAAUAAAUAAUAUAAAUUUCAUAACCCUAUCUGACCAUUAUGCUAUACAAAUUGAUUUAAAACUAAAAAAAAAAUACAACAAUUUUAGAAACACUUCCUAUAUGUAUUCUACUGAUUAG